UUUAAUUUAUGUGCCGUCCCUGUGUUCGAUGUUUUUAGAAAUUAAGAUCCGUUAUCAUCUAUAUAUAUUUCUCGACCGUUACCGAUUCAAGGUCAAUUAUACCAUAAGCCUGGGUCUUUGCUACCAUUCCCAGAUGAUGAUCAUAAAUUUUUGCAAAUAUAUUUCAUUGAUGGUGAGAAUCGUGAAUUAAAUAAGCGCUGUGCAAUUUCGACGAAUACGAGAAGAUCAAUCGUGAAUGAAUUGCAAACAUUUUUUCAUCAACACAAUGAUUUGGUGAAAUUGUUUAAAGUGGCACUCGAACGGAUGCCCUCCGAUGGCCACAAAAUCAUAAUAAAAGCCAAUAAAACACCAAUUGGGGAGCACACCAGACGAUUCAAUGCACCAACGAUUGAUGAAGUAGCCAUUGUUGUGGUUGGCGAACAGUUUCAGUCACGAGACAUUGUUUUGUAUCGUAGAAAUGAGAAUUUACAACGUAUUUCAGAACUCCAUCGCUGUUAUGAUGCAUUGCAAUACCCCAUUUUGUUUUGGAGAGGGGACGAUGGCUAUCACAUCAACAUACCAAUGAUAAAUCCAACAACUGGUCAAGAAUCAACAGAAAAAGUCAGUGCGAUGAAUUUUUAUUCGUACCGAUUGAUGAUUCGCCCUCAGAAACAAAUUUUAUUUUGCGAUGCAAUCAACUUUCGCAUCAAUAUAUCAUCGAUAUGUACGCCAAAAUUGAAAGUGAGCGAUUAAAUUUCAUCCGUUACAAUCAAGCCCGAUUAAGAUCAGAGGAAUACAUAUAUUUGCGUGACGCAAUAAUCAAUGAUGUAAAUGUGAAUGAUAUCGGCCGUUUAACAAUUUUACCAUAAUCAUAUGUUGGUAGUCCACGUCAUAUGCAUGAACAUGUACGAAAUUAUGGACGACCGGAUCUAUUCAUAACAUUUACGUGCAACCCGAAGUGGGUCGAUGUGUCUGAUUGUUUACUUGAUGGUCAGGUGCCAAAAGAUCGGCAUGACAUAACUGCCCGUGUAUUCCAACAAAAAUUGAAAAAAUUAAUGGAUCUGAUUGUCAAACUCCGUGUAUUUGGAGAAGUGCGGUGCUUUAUGUAUCCCAUAGAGUGGCAAAAAAGAGGCUUACCUCAGGCACAUAUUUUGAUUUGGUGCGUAAACAAAAUAACCCAUGAUAUGAUUGAUACCGUCAUAUCGGCCGAAAUUCCAGAUCAAACCAUCGCCAGGAUUAUUCGAAGUUGUCACGAAAAAUAUGAUUCACGGUCUCUGUGGUGAUAUUAAUCGAAAUCUACUUUGUAUGAUUGAUGGUAAAUGUUCGAAACGUUUUCCAAAGCAAUUGAUUGCUGAAACAAUUACAGGAGAUGAUGGAUAUCAGUAUCACAGUAUCGUCGACGAUCAACUGAAGACAACGGUAAAUCAACUGUAAUUAAAAUUAAAAAUCAAGAUGUUGAAAUCGAUAACCGGUGGAUAGUUCCGUACUCACCGAUGCUGUCAAAAAUGUUCAACGCCCACAACAAUGUAAAAUAUUGCAAUUCUGUAAAAUCAAUCAAAUAUAUUUGCAAGUAUGUGAAUAAGGGCAGCAAUAUGGCUGUUUUUGGAGUGGCUCCUGAGAAUAAUCAUGACGAAAUUUUGCAGUACCAAAUGGGGCGCUAUAUUAGUACGAAUGAAGCUGUAUGGCGUAUUUUAUCGUUUCCAAUUCAUGACAGACAUCCGGUUGUUGUACAUUUGGCAGUUCAUCUUGAAAACGACCAACGUGUUUACUACACUGCUGCAAAAGCCGAACAAAGAGUAGUAGAGCCACCAGUAACUACACUGACAGCUUAUUUCCAGUUAUGUGAAACUGAUGAAUUUUCCAGGACUUUGCUAUAUUCGGAAGUGUCUCACUAUUUCACAUGGAAUGCAUCAACAAAAAAAUUUCAACAUCGCAAACAAGGCACACCUGUUGAUGGUUAUCCAGGUAUUUUUCGAACAGAUGCUUUGGGACGCAUUUUUACAGUUAGUCCAGCUAAUGUUGAAUGUUUUUACUUGCGAAUUUUGUUGGUGAACGUACAUGGACCUCAAUCAUUCCAACAUUUACGAACUGUUACUGGUCAAUUGUGCGCAACAUACCGUGAAGCAUGUCAACACUUGCAUUUGCUGGAAGAUGAUACGCAUUGGGAUGCUACGCUUCGUGAUGGAUCAAUUGUUUCUCCACCAAUUCAAACUCGUAUGUUAUUUGUGAUCAUAAUAUCAACAUGUUUUCUAUCAAAUCCACUGGAAUUGUGGAAUAAAUACAAAGAUUUCAUGGCUGAAGACAUUUUGAUUCGACUUCGACAUCGUUCCAAUGAUCCUGCAUUGCUGCUGACAUUGGAAAUGUAUAAUGAAGCCUUGAUAAUGAUCGAAGAUUUCUGCCUUACGAUUGCAAAUAAGGCAUUAGGGCAAUUAGGAUUGACUCCACCAAAUCGUCCAAUGCAUGAUUUAUUUGAACGAGAAUUGCAACGCGAACUGCAAUUCGAUCGUAAUGAAUUGCGUGCGUUCGUACAAACGUAUACUCCACAAUAUGUAAAUGGCAAGUGAUCAAAAUGGGUUUAUCACGUUACCGAAUAAUUUUUCAAUAAUUGUAUCAUCAAAAGAAGAACUCAUUGAUCGCGUUUUUCCAAAUAUUGCUCAAAAUUAUAAUAACCACCAUAAUUAGCACCAAAAAAUGUCAAUGUCAAUGAAAUCAAUUUCCACAUCCAGGAAAAAUUGUCAGGUAAUUCGGAAACGUAUAAAUCCUUUGAUACUGCUAUGAAUGAUGAAGACGCAGUCAAUUAUCCGGUUGAAUUUUUAAAUUCUUUGGAACCACCAGGCAUGCCACCGCAUACUUUGAAGUUGAAAGUUGGUUCAUCGAUUAUACUUCUUCGAAAUCUUAAUGCACCGAAACUUUGUAAUGGGACGAGACUUUCAGUGAAGAAAUUGAUGCCAAAUUUAAUUCAAGCAACAAUUCUCACUGGCAAAGCAAAAGGUGAAAUUGUACUAAUACCGCGCAUCCCAUUAAUACCAACGGACAUGCCAUUCGAAUUUAAACGUCUUCAAUUUCCUGUUCGGCUAUCUUUUGCUAUGACCGUCAACAAAGCUCAAGGGCAAACGCUCCAGGUGUGUGGAGUUAAUUUAGAGGAAGCUUGCUUUUCUCACGGUCAACUGUACGUUGCAUUCGAGAGUUGGAGCCACGAAAAAUUUGUUUAUUUAUGCACCACAAAAUAA